GCGGGUGCAGGAGGCGCCGCUCAGCCUUAUUUCUUCCUGUGGAGCCGGGCGCUGCGGGAUCGCGCCAGGUUUGAACCGGAAGCAAGAAUAGUGCGUGGAUACUGUGCAGGAGCUGUUGGCGGCCGCGGGCUGAGGAGACUGGAGCGGCGAUUUGGGCUGCAACCUCUGUCCUUUCAAGAGAUUGCACUUCUGCAGUCGGAGUUCCGCGGGAAUGAUGUGUUUGCUGAAAAUCUGAACCAUGAGUCUAGCACUUGAUGAUCUGCUUAUUUGCUGCCGUCAACUAGGACAUGAUAAAGCCACAGAACGAAGGAAAGAGGUUGAGAACUUUAAGCGUCUGAUUCGGAAUCCUGAAACCAUUCAACAUUUAGAUCGGCAUUCAGAUUCCAAACAAGGGAAAUACUUGAAUUGGGAUGCUGUUUUUAGAUUUUUACAGAAAUAUAUUCAGAAAGAAACAGAAUGUCUCAAAACAGCAAGAUCAAAUGUGUCUGCCUCAACACAAACCACCAGGCAGAAAAAAAUGCAAGAAAUCAGUAGCUUGCUCAAAUACUUCAUCAAAUGUGCAAAUAACAGAGCACCCAGGCUAAAAUGUCAAGAACUCUUGAAUUAUAUCAUGGAUACAGUGAAAGAUUCAUCUAAUGGUGCCAUUUAUGGAGCUGAUUGUAGCAAUAUACUACUCAAGGACAUUCUUUCAGUGAGAAAAUACUGGUGUGAAAUAUCUCAGCAGCAGUGGCUAGAAUUGUUUUCGGUAUAUUUCACACUGUAUCUGAAACCUUCACAAGACAUUAAUAGAGUUUUAGUGGCUAGAAUCAUUCAAGCUGUGACUAAAGGAUGCUGUUCACAAACUGAUGGAUUAAAUUGCAAAUUUUUGGAUUUUUUUUCCAAGGCUAUUCAGAAUGCAAGACAAGGAAAGACUUCUGCAGGCCUAAAUCAUAUCUUAGCAGCAUUUGUUAUUUUCCUCAAGACUUUGGCUAUUAACUUUCGAAUUCGAGUGUGUGAUUUAGGAGAUGAAAUUCUUCCUACCUUGCUUUAUAUUUGGACUCAACACAGACUUAAUGAUUCCUUAAAAGAAGUAAUUAUUGAAUUACUUCAACUGCAAAUUUAUAUCCAUCAUCCAAAAGGAGCCAAAACUCAAGAAAAAGGUGCUUAUGAAUCAAGAAAAUGGAAAAGUAUCUUAUACAACUUAUACGAUCUGCUAGUUAAUGAGAUAAGUCAUAUAGGAAGCAGAGGAAAAUACUCUUCAGGAUCUCGUAAUGUUGCUGUCAAGGAAAACAUGAUUGAAUUGAUGGCAGAUAUUUGUCACCAGGUUUUUAAUGAAGCUUUCAGUUCUCUGGAGAUUUCUCAGUCUUAUACUACCACACAAGGAGAAUUUAGUGAUUACAAUGUACAUUGCAAAAAGAGAAAAAUAGAAUUAGGCUGGGAUGUAAUUAAAGAUCAUCUUCAGAAGUCACAGAAUGAUUUUGAACUUGUGCCUUGGUUACAGAUUACAACCCAAUUAAUAUCCAAAUAUCCUGCAAGUUUACCUAACUGUGAGCUGUUGCCAUUAUUGAUGAUACUAUACCAGCUUCUACCUCAGCAACGACGUGGGGAACGCACACCAUAUGUGUUACGAUGUCUUACGGAAGUUGCAUUGUGCCAAGGCAAGAAAUCAAACCUAGAAAUCUCACAAAAGUCAGAUUUAUUGAAACUCUGGAUUAAAAUUUGGUCUGUUAUCUUCCGCAAUAUUACUUUUGAACAAAUACAAGCUGAAAAUUUUGGCUUACUUAGAGCCAUAAUUCAAGGGAGUUUAGUUGAGGUUGACAGAGAAUUCUGGAAGUUAUUUACUGGGUCAGCCUGCAGACCUUCAUGCCCUGUUACAUGCUGUUUGACUUUGGCACUGACCAUCUGUGUAGUUCCAGAAACAGUAAAAAUGGGAAUGGAGCAGGAUAUAUGUGAAGUAAAUAGAAAUUUAUCUUUAAGGGAAUUGAUAAUGAAAUGGCUCUUAUUCUAUCAGUUGGAAGAUGACUUUGAAGAUAGUACAGAGCUUCCUCCCAUUCUGCACAGUAAUUUUCCACAUCUUUCACUGGAGAAAAUUCUUGUGAGUCUCACUAUGAAAAAUUGUAAAGCUACAAUGAAUUUUUUCCAGAGUGUACCAGAAUGUGAUCACCACGAAAAAGAGAAACAAGAGCCUUCAUUCUCAGCAGUUGAAGAACUAUUUCUUCAGUCAACGUUUGACAAAAUGGAUUUUUUAACCAUUGUGAAAGACUGUACUAUAGAAAAGCCUAAAUCCAGUGGAGGCUUUUCUGUCCUCCAAAAUCUCAAGGAAUCUCUGGAUCGCUAUCUUCUGGAAUUGUCAGAACGGCUUCUAAACAACUAUUCAUCUGAGACUACAAAUACAGAAACGCUUGUGCGGUGUUCAAGUCUUUUAGUGGGUGUUCUUGGUUGCUAUUGUUAUGUGGAUGUAAUAACUGAAGAGGAAGUGUAUAGAUCAGAAUUAUUCCAUAAAGCCAAGUCUCUAAUGCAGUGUGCUGGAGAAAGUAUCACUCUGUUUAAAAAUAAAACAGAUGGGGAAUCUAGAAUUAUUUCAUUGAGAAAUAUGAUGCAUCUGUGUACACGUUGCUUAUGUAACUGUACCAAGCACAAUCCAAAUAAGAUUGCAUGUAGAUUUUUCCUACGAUUGUUAACAUCAAAGCUAAUGAAUGAUAUUGCAGAUGUUUGUAAAAGUUUAGUAUCCAUUAUCAAAAAACCACCUGAAAAUGGACAAGUCGAGUCAAUGGAAGAUGACACUGAUGAAAAUGAUUACCCUGCUAGUAGUGUUAGUGAUGCAAAUGAAUCUGGAGAGAACCAGCUUAGUAUUGGUGCCGUGAGUCCUUUAGCUGAAGAACAUCUGUCAAAGCAAGAUCUACUUUUUUUAGACAUGCUCAAGUUCCUUUGUGUGUGUGUAACUACUGCUCAGACCAGUACUGUGUCAUUUAGAGCAGCUGAUAUUAGGAGGAAACUGUUAUUGUUGAUUGAUUCCAGCAUCCUAGACCCUACUAAACCUCUGCACCUACACAUGUAUCUGGUGCUUUUAAAGGAGCUUCCUGGAGAAGAAUAUCCUUUGCCAAUGGAAGAUCUUGCUGAACUUCUGAAACCACUAUCCAAUGUGUGUUCUUUGUAUCGCCGUGACCAAGAUGUUUGUAAAACAAUUUUAAACCACACCCUUUACAUAGUGAUGAACUUAUGUCAAGGCAGUGUGGAUGCUGAGAACACAAGGGAUGCUCAAGGACAGUUUCUAACAGUUAUUGGGGCAUUUUGGCACCUAACAAAGGAGGGAAAAUGCACAUUCUCUGUAAGAAUGGCCCUAGUAAAAUGCCUGAAAACUUUGCUUGAGGCUGAUCCUUGUUCAGAAUGGGCUAUUCUUAAUGUAAUGGGUAAAGAUUUUCCUGUAAAUGAAGUAUUUCCACAGUUUCUUGCUGAUAAUGAUCACCAAGUUCGCAUGUUGGCUGCAGAGUCAAUCAAUAGAUUAUUUCAGGAUAUGAAAGGAGCAGGUUCUUCGACAUUACUGAAAGCACUUCCUUUGAAGCUCCAGCAAACAGCUUUUGAAAAUGUAUACUUGAAAGCUCAGGAAGGAAUGAGAGAAGUGUCCCACAGAGCUGAAAAUCCUGAACUUUUGGAUGAGAUUUAUAAUAGAAAAGCUGUUCUACUGACGAUGAUAGCUGUGGUUUUAAACUGUAGUCCUGUCUGUGAAAAACAGGCUUUGUUUGUCCUAUGCAAGUCUGUGAAAGAGAAUGGAUUAGAGCCUCACCUCAUUAAAAAGGUUUUAGAGAAAGUUUCUGAAACUUUUGGUUAUAGACAUUUAGAAGACUUCAUGGCUUCUCAUUUGGAUUAUCUGGUUUUGGAAUGGCUAAAUCUUCAUGAUACUGAAUACAGCUUAUCCUCUUUUCCUUUUAUUUUAUUAAACUACACAAACAUCGAGGAUUUCUAUAGAUCUUGUUAUAAAGUUUUGAUUCCACAUCUGGUGAUUAGAAGUGACUUUGAAGAGGUGAAGUCCAUUGCUAAUCUGAUUCAAGAGGACUGGAAACGUCUUCUAAUAGACUGCUUUCCAAAGAUUCUUGUAAAUAUUCUUCCUUACUUUGCCUGUGAGGUGACAGGAGACACUGGGAUGGCACAGCAAAGAGAGAACGCUUCCAAAGUCUAUGAUAUGCUUAAAGAUGAAAACUUACUAGGUAAACAGAUUGAUCAUUUAUUCAUUACUAAUUUACCAGAGAUUGUGGUGGAGUUAUUGAUGACAUUACAUGAACCUGCAACUACUGGUGGAAGCCAAAGCACUGACCUAUAUGACUUUUCAGGGGAUUUGGAUCCUGCUCCUAAUCCACCUCAUUUUCCAUCGCAUGUGAUUAAAGCAACAUUUGCAUAUAUCAGCAAUUGCCAUAAAACCAAAUUUAAAAGCAUUUUAGAAAUUCUUUCUAAAAGCCCUGAUUCCUAUCAGAAAAUUCUUCUAGCUAUAUGUGAGCAAGCUGCUGAGACAAAUAAUGUUUAUAAAAAGCACAGAAUUCUUAAAAUAUAUCACCUGUUUGUUAGUUUAUUACUGAAAGAGAUCAAAACUGGCUUAGGAGGAGCUUGGGCCUUUGUUCUUCGAGAUGUUAUUUAUAGUUUGAUUCACUAUAUCAACAAAAGGCCUUCUCGUUUUACGGAUGUGUCAUUACGUAGCUUCUCCCUUUGUUGUGACCUAUUAAGCCAAGUUUGCCGUACAGCAGUAACUUACUGUAAGGAUGCUUUAGAAAAUCAUCUUCAUGUUAUUGUUGGUACACUUAUACCCCUUGUGUUGGAUCAGACGGAAGUUCAGGAACAGGUAUUGGACUUGUUGAAAUACUUGGUGAUAGAUAACAAGGAUAAUGAAAACCUCUAUAUCACAAUUAAACUUUUAGAUCCUUUUCCUGAUCAUGUUGUCUUUAAGGAUCUGCGUAUUACUCAGCAGAAAAUCAAAUACAGUAGAGGACCCUUUUCACUCAUGGAGGAAAUUAACCAUUUUCUCUCAGUAAGUGUUUAUGAUGCACUUCCAUUGACAAGGCUUGAAGGAUUGAAGGAUCUUCGGAGACAACUACAACAACACAAAGAUCAGAUGAUGGAGCUUAUGAGAACAUCUCAGGAUAACCCACAAGAUGGCAUAAUGGUGAAGCUAGUUGUCAACUUGCUGCAGUUAUCCAAGACGGCAUUAAACCACACUGGUGAAAGAGAAGUGUUAGAGGCUGUUGGCAGCUGCUUGGGAGAAGUGGGUCCUGUAGAUUUCUCUAUGAUAGCUAUACAACAUAGUAAAGAUACAUCUUACACCAAGGCCCUUGAGUUAUUUGAAGCUAAAGAACUUCAGUGGACCCUCACACUGCUAACCUACCUGAAUAAUACGCUGGUGGAAGAUUGUGUCAAAGUGAGAUCAGCCGCUGUUACCUGUUUGAAAAACAUUUUAGCCACAAAGACUGGUCAUACUUUCUGGGAGAUUUACAAGACAACAACUGAUCCCAUGCUGGUCUAUCUACACCCUUUUAGAACAUCAAGGAAAAAGUUUUUAGAAGUUCCCAGACUUGAUAGAGAAAACCCUUUGGAGGGCUUGGAUGAUACAAGCCUGUGGAUUCCUCAAAGUGAAAAUCAUGACAUUUGGAUAAAGACACUGACUUGUGCUUUUUUGGAUAGUGGAAGCACAAAAAGUGAAAUUCUUCAAUUACUAAAGCCGAUGUGUGAGGUGAAAGCUGACUUUUGUCAGACCGUGCUUCCAUACUUGAUUCAUGAUAUUUUAUUACAAGAUACGAAUGCAUCAUGGAGAAAUCUGCUUUCUACACACAUUCAGGGAUUUUUCACUAACUGUUUCAGAUACUCCUCACAAACGAACAGAUCCAUGACCCCUGCAAGUUUGGAUUCAGAGCCAGAGCACUCUUCCCGAUGUUGCUUGGGUAAAAAAUCACAAAGAACGAUGCUUGCUGUUGUGGACUACAUGAGGAGACAAAAGAGAUCUUCUUCAGGAACAGUGUUUGAUGAUGCUUUCUGGCUGGAGUUGAAUUAUCUAGAGGUUGCCAAGGUAGCUCAGUCUUGUGCGGCUCACUUUACAGCAUUACUCUAUGCAGAAAUCUAUGCAGACAGGAAAAACAUGGAUGAUCAAGAGAAAAGAAAUCCUGCAUUUGAAGAAGAAAGCCAAAAUACAACAAUUUCAAGCUUGAGUGAAAAAAGUAAAGAAGAAACUGGAAUAAGUUUACAGGAUCUGCUCUUAGAAAUCUACAGAAGUAUAGGAGAGCCAGAUAGUCUGUAUGGCUGUGGUGGAGGAAAGAUUCUACAACCCCUGACUAGACUCCGAACAUAUGAACAUGAAGCAAUGUGGGAGAAAGCCCUCGUAACAUACGACCUUGAGUCGGCAAUCCCUUCAUCAACUCGCCAGGCAGGAAUAAUUCAGGCCUUGCAGAAUCUGGGACUCUGCCAUAUUCUUUCUGUCUAUUUAAGAGGAUUAGAUCAUGAAAAUAAAGAGCACUGUGCUGAACUACAGGAACUUCAUUACCAAGCAGCAUGGAGGAAUAUGCAGUGGGACCACUGCAUUUCUGUUAACAAAGGAAUAGAAGGAGCCAGUUACCACGAAUCACUCUACAAUGCUUUGCAGUCUCUAAGAGACAGAGAAUUCACCACAUUUUAUGAAAGUGUCAAAUAUGCCAGAGUAAAAGAAGUAGAAGAGCUGUGUAAGGGCAGCCUUGAGUCUGUGUAUUCACUCUACCCCACACUUAGCAGAUUGCAGGCCAUCGGAGAGCUUGAAAACAUCGGGGAGAUCUUCUCAAGGUCAGUCAUGAGUAAGCAACCCUCUGAAGUGUACAUAAAGUGGCAGAAACACUCCCACCUUCUCAAAGACAGUGAUUUUGGUUUUCAAGAGCCUAUCAUGGCUCUACGCACAGUCAUUUUGGAGCUCUUGAUGGAAAAGGACAUGGAGAAUUCCCAAAAAGAAUGUUUUCAGGACAUUCUCACCAAGCACCUUGUAGAACUCUCUAUACUGGCCCGAACUUUCAAGAACACUCAGCUUCCCGAAAGGGCAAUAUUUAAAAUUAAACAGUAUAAUUUAACUAGUUGUGAAGUCUCUGAGUGGCAGCUGGAGGAAGCUCAAGUAUUCUGGGCGAAAAAGGAGCAGAGUCUCGCCCUGAGUAUUCUCCAGCACAUGAUCAAGAAGUUGGAUGCCAGUUGUUCAGAGAAUGACCCCAAACUAAAGCUUAUAUACACAGAAUGUCUGCGGGUUUGUGGCAACUGGUUAGCAGAAACCUGCUUAGAAAACCCUGCAGUCAUCAUGCAGACCUAUCUAGAAAAGGCAGUGGAAGUUGCUGGAAAUUGUGAUGGAGAAAACAAUGAGGAGCUCAUAAAUGGAAAAAUGAAGGCAUUUCUCUCAUUAGCACGGUUCUCAGAUACUCAGUAUCAGAGAAUUGAAAACUACAUGAAAUCAUCAGAAUUUGAAAACAAACAAGCUCUCCUGAAAAGGGCCAAAGAGGAAGUGGGCCUUCUUAGGGAACAUAAAAUUCAGGCCAACAACAGAUACACAGUGAAGGUUCAGCGAGAGCUAGAGCUGGAUGAAUGUGCACUCCGGGCACUGAAAGAAGAUCGUAAACGUUUCUUAUGUAAAGCAGUUGAAAAUUACAUCAGUUGCCUGUUAAGUGGAGAAGGGCAUGAUAUGUGGAUAUUUCGUCUUUGUUCCCUCUGGCUUGAAAAUUCUGGAGUUUCUGAAGUCAAUGGCAUGAUGAAGAGAGAUGGGAUGAAGAUUCCAUCCUAUAAAUUUUUGCCUCUUAUGUACCAAUUGGCUGCUAGAAUGGGGACCAAGAUGAUGGGAGGCCUGGGAUUUCAUGAAGUCCUCAAUAAUCUCAUCUCUAGAAUUUCAAUGGAUCAUCCCCAUCAUACUUUGUUUAUUAUACUGGCCUUAGCAAAUGCAAACAAAGAUGAAACUUUGACCAAACCAGAGGCAGCAACAAGGAGUAGAAUAACUAAAAAUGUACCUAAACAAAGUUCUCAACUUGAUGAGGAUCGAAUCGAGGCUGCAAACAAAAUAAUACAUACUAUCAGAAGUAGGAGACCUCAGAUGGUCAGAAGUGUUGAGGCACUUUGUGAUGCUUAUAUUGUGUUAGCAAACUUUGAUGCCACUCAGUGGAAGACUCAGAGAAAAGGCAUAAAAAUUCCAGCAGACCAGCCAAUUACUAAACUUAAGAAUUUAGAAGAUGUUGUUGUUCCUACUAUGGAAAUUAAGGUGGACCCCACAGGAGUAUAUGGAAAUCUGGUGACUAUACAGUCAUUUAAAGCAGAAUUUCGUUUAGCAGGAGGUAUAAACUUACCAAAAAUAAUUGAUUGUGUGGGCUCUGAUGGCAAGGAAAGGCGACAGCUUGUCAAGGGCCGGGAUGACCUAAGACAAGAUGCUGUCAUGCAGCAGGUGUUCCAGAUGUGUAACACAUUACUGCAGAGAAACACUGAGACGAGGAAGAGGAAAUUGACUAUCUGCACAUACAAGGUGGUUCCCCUUUCUCAGCGAAGUGGUGUUCUUGAAUGGUGCACAGGAACUGUCCCUAUUGGUGAAUUUCUUGUUAACAAUGAGAAUGGUGCUCAUAAAAGAUACAGGCCAAGGGAUAUCAGUGCCUUUCAAUGCCAGAAGAAAAUGAUGGAUGUGCAAAAGAAGUCUUAUGAAGAAAAAUAUGAAACCUUCAUGGAUAUUUGUCAGAAUUUUCAACCAGUUUUUCGUUACUUCUGCAUGGAAAAAUUCUUGGAUCCAGCUGUUUGGUUUGAGAAACGAUUGGCCUAUACUCGCAGUGUGGCUACUUCUUCUAUUGUCGGUUACAUACUUGGACUUGGUGAUAGACAUGUACAGAAUAUCUUGAUAAAUGAGCAGUCAGCAGAACUUGUACAUAUAGAUUUAGGUGUUGCUUUUGAACAGGGUAAAAUCCUUCCUACUCCUGAAACCGUUCCUUUUAGACUCACCAGAGAUAUUGUGGAUGGGAUGGGCAUUACUGGUGUUGAAGGUGUCUUCAGAAGAUGCUGUGAGAAAACCAUGGAGGUUAUGAGAAACUCCCAGGAAACCCUGUUAACCAUUGUAGAGGUCCUCCUGUAUGAUCCUCUCUUUGACUGGACCAUGAACCCUUUGAAAGCUUUGUAUUUACAGCAGAGGUUGGAAGAUGAAACUGAGCUCCACUCCACUCAGAAUGCAGAUGACCAAGAAUGCAAACGAAAUCUCAGUGAAAUGGACCAGAGUUUCAACAAAGUAGCUGAACGUGUCUUGAUGAGACUGCAAGAGAAACUCAAAGGAGUGGAGGAAGGAACUGUGCUCAGUGUGGGUGGACAAGUGAAUUUGCUCCUACAACAGGCCAUGGACCCCAAAAACCUCAGCCGACUUUUCCCAGGAUGGAAAGCUUGGGUGUGAUAUUCAGCAUAUAAAUCACCCUUAAAUUCAUCCUUCAGAAAUUAUACAUUGGCCUUUAUUUUUAGCUCACCCACAUAUUUUGAAUAUAUGGUAUUAAUAUUUGACUAAGAAAACUUACCUGCUGUGUUUUUUAAGUGUUUAAUACUCGCAUCAGUCACCUAAUGAUACUUUGAGAGUUUCAAGAAACAUCUCUUCUUGCAUACUUUAGAAAUAAUUGUCAUUCAUGCUCCAUUUCUAGGCUAAACAUCUGUUUUUCUUCUCAAGUACAUACUGUAUCAUUUUCAGUAGAAUCUCUGACUUUACACUUGAGCUGAAAACGGAGCAGCAGGAAUGCAGGAUCAUCACUGACAGCUGGCCCUCCGCAAUGAAUGAGAACAAAUGCACUGCUGGUUUUGAGGUGGCUUUAAUUAAAAUUUGUUCCCCAGAUUUUAUAUAUGAAUGAAAAUUAUUUGAUAUUAAUAUAUAAAAGGA